CCCGAGUUCAUCUACAUAUACUACGGGCCGACCGUUGCAACGCUCUUCGCUCGGAACUGGUGGGCUUUUUAAAGCAAGGCGUCGGCACGACGCGGCAGAGCGGUUCACUGGAGGUUAGGGACCGCCUCGCUCAGCCAAGCAGGAGCAAGCCCUGAGCGAGAUCUCGAUCGUGUUCUCUAACGUCCUAAUUGCAUGCUACUCCGUCUUGGUGCAUGCUACUCCGUCUUGGUGCAUGCUACUCCGUCUUGGUGCAUACUACUCAGUCUUGGAUCAAAGAACUAGAAAGGGUCCGUGUCAGAUCAGCAUGCGAAAUAAAAGGCGCCAGAUGCAUACUCCUGCGCAUAGGAGGUAAGUAUCGAUUUAUCCAGCAGGGUCUAGGCGCGCGGAAUGAUUUCAGCGGCACUUUGGCAUGUCUUAACCGCAAGCUGGACCUCGCAGAUCGUUGCUUGCGAUACGUCUGCCUCAAUCCUGUCUUUCUUACUAGCUAGUGAGUGGGCUUGCGCUAGGUGUAAUAACCAAAGGUGGGAAGAGCCUGUCUCGUAUACAUGAAACGGUCACAGCGUUGUAACUGUCUUUGCUUUUUAGGGCCUGUCCUCCUUGAUAGUGUCCUACGUGAAAAUGUCUGUCAGAGUUCUGGACCUCAUAAACCCCCCGCGACCGCCACAACAUCAUCAACCACAUCAGCCACUGGUACUUCCUG